CAACACCUUCUGCCUCUGCAUACAGCCAACGAAGGCGCCUUUGAGAACACAGAAUCAGCAUACAAAUCGACAACAUGCCGUUCGGAAAGCUUUACUCCUACGAGGGCAACCCGCGCACCACCGCUCUCCUCGCCGUCGCCAAGGCCAACGGUCUCGAUCUCGAGUUAGUUCACACUGAGCCAGCAAAGGGUGUCAGCGACGACUACAAGAAGCUCAACAAGCUGGGCAAGAUCCCAACUUUCCAGGGCUCUGAUGGCUAUGUCCUGACGGAGGCCAUGGCUAUUGCCAUCUACCUCACCUCCCAGAACGAGAAGACCACUCUUCUCGGCAAGACCAAGCAGGACUAUGCCUCCAUCCUCCGAUGGAUGUCCUUUGCCAACACCGAGCUCCUCCCAAGACUCGCUGCCUGGUUCCGCCCACUCAUCGGCCGCGACCCAUACAACAAGAAGAGCGUCGACGACGCCCAAAAGGCCACCGCUGCCAACGUCAAGGCCCUUGAAGAGCACCUCACCGUGAACACAUACCUCGUCAGCGAGCGCCUCACCCUCGCUGACCUUUUCACCGCCUCCAUCGCUUCCCGCGGUUUCGAGUUCUUCUUCGACAAGCAGUGGCGAUCGCAGCACCCAGCCGUCACUCGAUGGUUCGAGACUGUUGCCAAUCAGGACAUUUUCAAGGCUGUCGCUGGUGAGCCAAAGUUCAUCGAGACCGCCAUUCCAAACACCCCACCAAAGAAGGAGAAGGAGGAGAAGCCAAAGGCUGAGAAGCCAAAGCAGGAGCCAAAGAAGAAGGAGGUCGCUGCUGCCGCCGCUGAUGAGGAGGAGGAUGAGCCAGCACCAGCGCCAAAGCCAAAGCACCCACUUGAGGCGCUUGGCAAGUCGACAUUCGUCCUCGAUGACUGGAAGCGCAAGUACUCCAACGAGGAGACCCGAGAAGUCGCCCUUCCAUGGUUCUGGGAGAACUGCAACUUCGAGGAGUACUCCAUCUGGCAAGUCGACUACAAGUACAAUGACGAGCUUACCAUGACCUUCAUGACCUCUAACUUGAUUGGUGGUUUCUUCACUCGUCUGGAGGCCAGCCGCAAGUACAUCUUCGGAGCUGCUUCCGUAUAUGGCCAGACCAAUGACAGCAUCGUCAAGGGUGCUUUCGUCAUCCGUGGUAACGAGGCCCUCCCAGCUUUCGAUGUCGCUCCAGACUACGAGAGCUACGAGUUCACCAAGCUCGACCCAAAGAAGGCCGAGGACCGCGAGUUUGUCGACGACAUGUGGGCAUGGGACAAGCCAAUCACUGUCAGCGGCAAGACCUACGAGUGGGCUGACGGAAAGGUCUUCAAGUAAGCGAUACAGAAGCGUGUGCGAGUAUCUUUUCUGUUCACCUAGUCGAGCUCCGUCUACGAUGGUAGACAGGAUGGCGUCUUUAGAUAGACGUGAUGAGGGAUGUUUGCAUGACGGAAAAAGUUUCAUUGUGCUGUUGGCGGCACGAAUUAGCAUGACCUGACGACUCAUUCAAUAUUGUCGGCUGUGCUGGAAGUUGCUGAUGCAUAGCGAUACUAAUUCAAUACAAGAUACCACCGUCCAUGGGACU